CAGUAAGCUGAUCCCUCCCGCAGACCGCGGGCACCAGCGCACCGAAGCUGCGGGCCCUGGCCGCCGAGGCAGCAUGGCCCGGCCCGUGCAACUGGCGCCAGGUUCCUUGGCGCUGGUGCUGUGCAGGCUGGAGGCGCAGGAGGAGGCGGAGGGUGCGGAGGAGCCUGGCGGGCGCGCCGUGUUCCGCGCCUUCCGAAGAGCCAACGCGCGCUGCUUCUGGAACUCGCGGCUGGCGCGCGCCGCCUCGCGGCUGGCCUUCCAGGGCUGGCUGCGGCGCGGGGUGCUGCUGGUGCACGCGCCGCCCGCCAGCCUGCAGGUGCUGCGCGACGCCUGGUGUCGCCGGGCCCUGCGCCCGCCGCGGGGCUUUCGCAUCCUGGCGGUGGGUGAUGUCUUUCCAGUGCAAAUGAAUCCAAUAGCUCAAUCUCAGUUUAUACCUUUGGCUGAAGUUCUCUGCUGUGCUAUAUCUGAUAUGAAUGCUAAUCAGAUUGUAGUAACACAAGAAUCACUGUUGGAACAUUUGAUGAAACAUUACCCAGGCAUUGCAAUUCCAUCUCGAGAUAUUCUUUAUACCACUCUGGGAACUCUCAUUAAAGAAAGGAAGAUUUAUCAUACUGGAGAAGGAUACUUCAUAGUUACUCCUCAGACUUACUUCAUCACAAGUACAACCCCCCAAGAAAACAAGAGAGUUCUGUCAGAUGAAAAUUCCCAGAUGCCAACUUCCAUUACAUAUCUGGUGAACGUGGACAGCUGUGCAGAGUUAGCCAAAGAAAAUGCAGCCCUCAUUUCCCAUUGUCACUCCUGCCGGUGUUUCCAUGAUGUAUGCACUCAGGAUGUACAGGAAUCACCAGCUGCUGCAGAAGUAACUAGCAAAGGGCAGAAAGGUCUUGUGGAAUCCAAAUCUUUGGCACACAAUCAAGCAGUUUCAGUGUCUGAGGAGAGUCACGUCUGUGAGAGUAUCAAACCUUUACCACACACAAAAGACAGAGAAAAAGCCAAGAAGUUUGGCUUCAACCUCUUCUGGCGCAACACAUCCAGAAAGGAGAAGUCCAGAAUACAACACAGCAGUUUCUCUGCCCAGUUCCCACCAGAAGAAUGGCCCGUCCGAGAUGAAGAUAACAUGGACAAUAUCCCUCGAGACAUCGAACAUGAGAUAAUCAAACGAAUUAAUCCCAUUCUAACUGUUGACAACUUAAUCAGACAUACUGUCCUAAUGCAAAAGUAUGAAGAACGAAAAAAAAAUAAUAGCCAGGGUACAUCCACCGAUAUGCCGACACUGAGACAUAAGUAUUCUUCAAAAGUGGGAGUUAAGAAAAGACAGGGCUGGUCUGUAAAACCUCGAAGGCAGGGCCAUUCGCAUAGGGACAGACACAAAGCCAGGGGUCAGGGAAGUGGGCCUCAGCCGGGAAAUGUCAGACUGGAGAAACACCCCAAGCUCCCUGCUACACAGCCUACCUCCAGUAUUAAAAGCCCAAGUGAAGCAGUACUUCAGAAACCACUUGGUGAGAAUCCAUCAGCACUGGGUCCCCAUUUGAUUUACAAAAAGCGAAUCAGUAAUCCUUUCCAGGGUUUGGCUCCCCGAGGGAGCCCAAUAACCAAAGCGCACAGCAUCCAGAAGACCAGUGACUUGGAACCCAGUCAGACUGGACCAAAGGGAAAGCCUUUCGAAAGGUCAAGGUCUUUGGUUUCCUCAAGAAUCUUUGAGAGUGAAGCCAAACAGCUUUAUGGUGAACAGUGUAAUGAUAUACUGAGAGAAGAAUCCGCUUAUGUGAAUCACUCUACUGUCAAAUCUAUCAGCGAUGAUUUUAGAGACCACCUCUUAAAUUACUCUCAAUGUAAUGUUUUACAAAAUGGUAGUAAAUGCUGUUCCUUCAGGGAAAGCAUGUUGAGAUGCGAUGUGUAUGGUGGAGAAAAUGAGGCAAUCCCUGAAGUCUCAAGGAAGAGUUAUUCUCAUUUUGACACAUUAGAAGAGACAGAAGAAACACAGCAUGUCCUGCCAUCUGGAAGGUCCUCUUCUUUAGACCAAGCAUCCUCUGCUUAUAGAUUAGUUGACAAUACAAUAUACCAGUUCCAAAAUCUUGGUCUUUUGGAUUACCCAAUUGGUGCAAAACAUUUGAGACAAACUGAGAGACAAGACCGAGACUCUAAAGAAACUCUGAUGGGAAAGGCAUGUGUCCAAGAAGCACAGACUGUGUGUCUAGAAAAUGAAGGGCUUUCUGAUGAUGACCAGGCCUUGUAUCAGAAUGAAGUGGAAGAUGAAGAUGGGGCCUGCAGUUCACUCUAUCUGGAUGAGGAUGACUUUUCUGAGAAUGAUGACUUAAUUCAGAUGCUGCCUGACCACAUUCAGUUUUCCUUUCCAGAGGGAAACAAGUGGAAUCACUUAGGAAAACAGAAGGUGACUGGAAGGUCUCUGACUGAGUAUGACAGCAACAUACAGAGGUUUGAGCCUCAGGUGCUUAAAGGAAAUGAACAUUACACGCUCACUUACCCCAGUGAAAGCCAAAAACCCAACCUUUCUGCUGAAAACUGUAUCUUCAAUUUAGGAAUCCAGUCUGGUUUUAACUAUGAGGAGGAACCCAGUGUAGCUGAAUGUGUACAGGCCUCAGCGCCUGACGAUGGAAGUAUAUUUGAUUACUACAGCACAGGGAAAGCCACUUCUGAGGCCGAAGCCCUACGAGGCUCCGUUGAUGACACAGGAAAGAAACCAGUUAGCUGGAGUCAAACUGCUCAGAGUCAGGAAAUGAGAAAACAGUUCACACACAAGUUGGAACUCUUCAACACUUCACAUAUGCCAGCGUUGGCUCAGGAUGUCCAACCUGAACACAGUCACUUGGAAGGAACAGAAAAUCAGAGCCUGACAGGAGAUAGUGGAAUAGAUUCUCCACGGACACAGAGUCUGGCAUCUAAUAAUUCAAUCAUUUUGGAUGGACUAAAAAGAAGACAAAAUUUACUGCAGAACUUUGAAGGCACAAAGAGCAGUCAAACACUUACAUCCAGUUCCUUACUACAACUAACUCCAGUGAUAAAUGUUUAAUUCUUAUUGUUUUUGAAACUCAUAAAAAUGUACAGCAUUAAUAUAUAGUGUUUUAAUCAAUUGAGUUUAUAAGAAUUCUCUAAAGCCAAACAUAUAUGUUAUUAAUCCCAUUACAUAUUUUGUUGUAGUUAGCUGGCUUUUUUCCUUUUUUGACAUUGAUUUUUUUGAAGCUUAUUAUAAAUUUAUUGGGGACAUAGUUUAUAAUAAAAAACAUGGAAUAAUU